GCAUGACCGAUUAUUGACAACACGUCAAGCAGACAUUUUCCAUAUCACGUAUCACUUUGACAUCUAUAGCAAAAUGUCAAAACGAUGAAAAAAAGUGUUUUUCCAUUGUUAGAAUGCAAGUAAAGUGAUUCCCAGACGUGAAGACAUGACCUAGAAGUGGACAUUUAUCAAACGAGUUGGUUUUUGUGCGGUCCGAACUUUCUCCGUCAAAAUGACGAAGGUGUGUCGUCUCUGCCUGUCGAAAUUGCAACGGGGCUCCAAGUAUUUCAACAUCAACGCCGUCGAGUCUUUCACGGGAUUCAUGCCAUACAGAGAUCAACUCACAACAUGUAUCCCAGAAAUGGCAUUGGAUUUGAUACCUAAUCCAGUGAUAUGUAACACAUGCCGGACUGCCUUGAAGACAUCAUAUGAGUUCAAAUCCAGAUGUUUGUUGGUUGAGAAGAAAAUAAGGGAAUAUGUUGAGAGUCAAGGCUGUGAAGACGAAAAUGCAACCUGUGAUCUUGCAAAAAUUCCAAUAGCUGACCUGCCACCUCUCCAUAAGUUGAACUUUCUUCAGAAAGAGCUCGAAUGUUUAGAAGAGCAACAGAUCCAAGAACAAAUGAAACAACAGCAGUUCCUCAUGCAGCAGCAUCAACAACUACAAAAGCAGAAACAGCAGCAGCAGCAACCGCAGGCCUCCAAGAACAAUUCUCAGUUGUUACUUCAACUUCAGAAAGAAGUGAUCCUACCGAAUUCCAGCGAAAUCGAGAUCUCGAUGGGCUUGAACAACAAGGGAGGCAGGCGAAAAGCACCAGAGGUUAAGAAUUCUAGUAAGAGUGAAAACGAUGAACUAUCUGAAUGCACCAGGUGUGACCAAGUGUUUCUGAAUGCAGAACUGCUUGAACUACAUAAGGAGACGCAUAAACACGACGAGUUUGCAUGCAACUUUUGCAAAGAGGCUUUUAAGACUUUACAGCAGUUAAGGAGACAUAAUAAUAUUUGUUCUAAAGUGAUGGGUAGUGGCGAAGUGAAUCCGAUCCUAACUAAAAGACCGCACCUUCCCACCAAAGCCAAGAAUCACUUGAAACGCUGGUUGUUCAAGCACACAGACCAUCCGUAUCCCACUGACCAUCAGAAACAAACGUUGAUGCAGGAGACGAAUCUCUCGUUGUUGCAAGUAGAAAAUUGGUUUAUAAACGCGAGGAGGAGGAUAUUGCAAGAUCUUACCAAGCUGAAGAGUCAUGGGGUUCGAGAAGAAGAGCUGCACGAGCACAACCUCGGCUUCCAAAGCGACCUGGACUUGGAGCUGCUGAUGUCCGCCGGCGAGACGUCCCCGGUCAAUAAGCGACCCCAGAAUAAUCCCCCGCCUCCGCUGGUCCCUAUAAAAAGGGCUCGACGAGGCAGGUACUUCCGACGCCGAUGGGCCCCUAUUAAACCCCACCCGGCGCUCGAAUACGAGCUGGAAGGUGGAGCUAACAUCAACGGCACCGCGGAAGCGGAGCGCGGGGAAAAGCCCGGUGCUGACGUCAAGGUUGAACCUGACGUACGACAAGAUCCUUUGGAGAUCGUCAGCGCACUUUCCGUAAAAUCUGAACCUAAAGACAACGAGGAGGAGGAAGAAGAAGAACAAGAAGAUGAAGAGGAUGAGGUUGAUGAAGAAGUUACAGUGAAACAUGAGCGAUUGGCCAACGAAGAAGAAAUGGACGAUGAUAGCAAAGACAACCAAGAAAACGGAAGCACAGACGACGACGGAACUGAUGGCGAACGGUAAUCAAUAUGGAACAAUCAAAUUCUCAAAUUUUCGUGAGACAUCAUUAGCGCAAAAAAUACGGUGUUCAGUGGCGUAUAUUUCUCUGAAAUUUAUUUAUAGUGUCUUAAGCGUCAUUAUGCUCUCUUCUUUCAGCUAUAUUUAUCUCUUCGUCUAUCUUUUUUUUUUGGUACUCAUUACUCGAAUUUGUUUUCCUUUUUCAACGAUAAAACUUGUACUUGCAUAAUUGGGUGUUUUCUAAAAAAAUCGUCGGAAUAUCAAUAUGAAAGAGAUGGCUAAAAAUGUGAACCUACCUUUGCCAUGGAGGUUACGCCAGAUUUGAUGAAAGUUACCUUUUUUUCACGCAUCGAUAGUAUGAAAUGGAACAUAUACUGGAUAAACAUUAAUUCUCAUUUGAUGAUUCUUCUAGCGUGCAAUGCAUAAAAUUAAAUUACUUCUUUUUGGGUGUAUGAAAUUGAAGUUUCAAUUUUUUUAACACUGGAAUAUUUAUUCACAUCAAUUAGAAAGAGAAAUUAGAACUCACUGCGUCAUCUUUGAAAAAGUUUGAUGCAGCUAUCAGAAAUGCAAUUUUGUCGAAAUGGAAAAUACCCCACUAUGUAAAUACAGCUCUGAGUUGGCACUAAAUUCUGGGUUUAAGCUAGUUUUAAACAGUUAUUCGGAAAACCAGAGCCUUUAUAUGUAGUUAUAGACUGUGCUAAAUUCGCUGGUUUAUAAAUUCCUCCCUUUCUCUCGAUUUAUUUUUCUCAUCUCAUUUUUCGAGUUCUGGGAUGAAUAUUGUUCAUAAUUUGUUAUUCAUAACUUUCGAUAUUAUUUCAAUACAAGGUGCUCGAAAAAUUGACGGAGAUAUUU